AUGCUCAACACAUCUCAUCUAAAGACGUAUCUGUUCAGCCUGGCUGUGGCAGAGGACCAAUUGGUACUGUCGUCCACACGACCGUCUCCGACCCCAGCCAGGACUUGCGCUUCGACUGGGACUCGUCUCCUCGUCAGCCGCCAGACCGGGGGUGUGCUUAAAAAGGUCGAUUUGUGUGCUCCAUUUGGUGCAGACCGAGCCUCUGCCCUCAAACUCCGGUGGCGCGAGCGGACUAGCCUCAAGGUGAAGGCCUUCCUCGACGAGUUCGCCUUGAAGUUGACCCGAGCCACGGACAUCCGAGAGCACCGGAUCGACAGCGUGAUCCUGCAAAUCGCCAAAUCGCGCCUCAUCGAACUGCCUCCAGCGCCGCAGGAGCAGACGACCGGUCGUCCGUUGACUGGGCUCGGCCUGCGAGUGGGAGAGGCAGGCAAAGGUGAGUUCUGGUUCGGCCUGCGGCCGGCGCUGAUUGGUCAGCCUUGUCGGCUCAGCUCAACUAUGCGCCGUCAUAUCGAUUUUGCCCCACUAUCGUCUGAGGCAUUUGGCCACCGUCUGAGGCACCGCCAUGGGCAGACGGCGCAUCGAUUCCGCCCGACGCUCUCAUCUGGCUUGAGCGAAUUUGAAAUUUGCCCCUUAUCGAUCCGCACUUGA